ACGGACCGGUUUGGCGGAGAAGCGAGGAGUGAGAGACAUCCAUGGCCGGUGCGAGCGCUGCUCCUUCGGGCCCCAAGCCCGGCGGCCCUCGCCGGCUGAAUGUGAACGUGGGCGUCCUAGGCCAUAUCGACAGCGGCAAGACCGCCUUGGCCCGAGCUCUCAGCACCAUCGGCUCCACCGCCGCUUUCGACAGGGCCCCACAGAGCCGAGCUCGGGGCAUCACCCUGGACCUGGGCUUCUCUUGUCUCUGCACCGAGCUGCCUCCGCACCUGGGGCCCGAGCCUGGGCUGCUCCAGCUGACCCUGGUGGACUGCCCGGGACACGCCUCCCUUAUCCGUACCAUUAUUGGAGGUGCUCAGAUUAUUGACUUGAUGAUGCUUGUGAUAGAUAUAACAAAAGGGAUGCAGACUCAGUCAGCUGAGUGCUUGGUGAUUGGACAGAUUGCAUGCCAAAAGAUGAUAGUGGUUUUGAACAAAAUCGACCUUCUUCCAGAGGUUAAGCGACAGGCUGCUAUUGACAAGAUGACCAAGAAAAUGCAUAAGACCCUGGAAAAUACUAAGUUCCAUGGAUGUCCUAUAGUUUCUGUUGCAGCAAAACCUGGUGGUCCAGAAGCCCCAGAAACUGUGACUCCAAUAGGAGUUUCUAAACUAAUUGAGGUCUUGAAGUCAGAAGCUUAUAUACCAACAAGAGAUCCUUCAGGAUCAUUCCUUAUGGCCAUUGACCACUGUUUUUCCAUUAAGGGUCAAGGCACUGUGAUGACAGGAACUAUUCUUUCAGGCUCUGUUAAUAUUGGAGACAAUGUGGAGAUUCCUGCCUUGAAGGUGACAAAGAAAGUAAAGUCAAUGCAGAUGUUUCAUACACCAGUAACUUAUGCCAUGCAAGGGGAUAGGGCUGGAAUCUGUGUAACCCAGUUUGAUCCAAAGCUGUUGGAACGAGGCCUGAUUUGUACACCUGAAUCUCUCCAGACGAUCCAUGCUGCCAUUAUCUCUUUAAAGAAAAUCCCAUAUUUUCGAGGUACUCUUCAGACAAAAGCAAAGUUUCAUAUUACAGUUGGCCAUGAGACUGUUAUGGGAAGAGUGAUGUUCUUCAGCCCAACUCCUAAUGACUUCAGUAAAGAACCUAUGGAAAAUUAUUUUGAUUUUGAAAAGGAAUACCUUUAUCAAGAGGAAUAUCUUUCCAAUGAUUCAAAGUCCUCAGAAGAAAACAAGGAGAAUGGCCAGGUUGGAGAAAGACAGCUCCCGAAACAACAGUGGGCCUUACUUGAGUUUGAAAAACCAGUUACUUGUCCUAAAUUUUGUCUUGUAAUUGGCUCAAAAUUGGACACUGAUAUUCAUGCAAAUACUUGCAGAUUGGCAUUUCAUGGGAUACUUCUCCAUGGAAUGGAAGAAAAAAAUUAUACAGAGGAAUGUCUGCCAAAACUCAGGGUUUACAAGCUGAAACAUAAGGAAGGACAAGUGGAACGGCUGUGUGAUGAUUACAGUGUGAUUGGUCGUUCAUUAUUUAAAAAAGAAACAAACAUCCAGAUGUUUGUGGGGUUGAAGGUCAAGCUAUCUACAGGAGAGGAAGGUAUAAUAGAAGGUGGCUUUGGACAGAGUGGAAAAUUUAAAGUCCGCAUUCCAG